AUGGAAGAUAGGAAAAGAUCCAGUUCGGUUCCCCCUGCAUGCCCUUUCUGGAGUGAUGGAGUUCAAACAGACCAUGCUCUUGAACAUAUGCGGCCUUUGGAUUUAGAUGGUAGGCAUCAACCUGUUCCCCAUGAUGAUGAACCAGAAAACUCACCAAAACCACUGCGAGAGAUGCCAAGCGGUUUGCAGUCUGUGGGUCAGUUUGAGUCACCUGCCAGUGAAAGGGGUCGUCCUGCUGAGCCCAGCGGUGUGGAGAAACAUGUGGAAGCUGCCGCGAGGCGUUCUGAGAGAGCUUGGAGGCGAAGAGGACAUGCUGCGGAUCGGUCGGUGAGGGCUGAUCUGGGAACUGAUGGAAAAGUAGAGAUGAAUGGAAAAGAGUUAGAGAAAGAGUUGGGUGACCAGGUUCUUCAGCACUUUCAACAUGAAACAGCUAGGCUUCAGCAACAGAAUGAUGAGUUUCAACGAGAACUUCAGAAAAUGAGGGAAGAAAGGGAUCGUCAUGUUGCUUUAGCAAUACCGCCGUCAUGGGUGCCGAAGUCACCUCCACGCAUGACCCCAUCUAUGGAAUCACAUGGAGCAUGGGUAUCACCUGAGUCUUUCCAUUGCACACCAAAUGGCACACGUGUUCCGCCGGGACCACCACCACCAGAUCCACCUGCUUUGCCUGUUUGGCCUCCGGACAUCAGCAGUGUUGAGCCUAGCGUGGAACCUCCCAGAAAGAUCCGAGGUGUGAUGGGUGGGAACGGAAAUCGGAGCAGUGAUGUCUGCUCACCAAGAGCGGCUAGGAACCUUUGGCUUGAAAGGGAAGUAGCAGCACUGCAAGAGAAGUUGGAUCAAGAAACUUUGAAAAACAAACAGUUGUCUGGGUAUUGGUCCAUUCCGUUUUUGACAGAGUCUGCUAGGGAGAAAGAACUUGCGGAGUCAGUAGCAUGCAUGAAACGUCAAGCUGGCAUGACCGAUCGUUGGAUGUCUAGUGAAGCGGCUGGCCAUCACGGCAUGUUUCAUGGUGAUCGGGCUGGCACUGAGCAUGCGUUGGUGCCGAGCAUGAGCAUGGAGAUGUAUAUGCACGAGGUCGGGCUAGCACUGAGCAUGGGCAUGGAGAUGUAUAUGCACGAGGUCGGGCUAGCAUUGAGCAUGAGCUUGGAGAUGUAUAUGCACGAGGUCGGGCUAGCACUGAGCAUGGGCAUGGAGAUGUAUAUGCACGAGGUCGGGCUAGCAUUGAGCAUGAGCUUGGAGAUGUAUAUGGACCUAGUUCGGAGCUCGCUAAAGAUGCAGAUCUUCGAAAGGCAGUUUUGCACUCAAGAUCGGGCUGGGCGUCAGCGUAGCAUGUCACGAGGAGAUCGAGAUGUGGUCGAAGAUGGUGAUCUGAAAGCGAUUCCAAUCACUCUACCUCUCUUGCCUUCACCGGAAGGACGCGAUUCAAGUUUGGAAGCUGGAGAUUGGUUGAGACUCAUGCAGGCGACCACGGACAAGUACUCUGAGUGGCUCUAUGCCGACCCAUUGGCUCGAUUGCAAAUUACCGCCCCAGAAAACUCCAAGAUCUCUGGGGGCUAUGAAAGAUUGGAUCAAAGAAUGACGUCUCUCCUUUUGCAGUCCAUCCCGAAGGGCAUCAAAGAUGAGGUCGUUGCAGCCAGAGAGUUGACAACCACUGGCAUACUCUUUAGAAUCUUUCGCACAUUUCAACCAGGUGGAAUGGCAGAGCGCAGCCGACUGCUAGAAGAUUUAACCACUGCCUCAGGUACCAAAACAGCUCAGGAAACGGUUGCUGCUCUACGUCUAUGGAAGCGAAAGGCAAGCAGAGCUGCUGAGUUGUGCACUCAGCUUCCGGAUCCAUUGCUGAUGAUCCGAACACUGGAUGGAAUCUCCAAACCGAUCGUCAACGGAUCGACUCAGGCAAGUUUUCGCAUUGCCACGUUCAGGAUGAACCACAACCUGGACGUGAGACCAUCCAUGGAGAACCUUUGGCUUUUCUAUGAUCUGCUGCUGGCGGAGGCGGAGAAUGCUGUGCACCCAACCGCCACAAUUGUCAGUGAAUGCAAAACCCCAGCAAAACCAUCAGUGAAAGGGCUGCAGUCACCAUCUACAGCAAAGUCCAGCGAAUCGUCCACCCCAUCAACAUGGCCGUGCAAAUUUUGGUUGACGGAUGGAGGAUGUCGUCAAGGACAAGGGUGUCGGUGGCCACACUCAUGGGACAAUGUGAGCGACAAGAACUUACGAUGUUGGCUUUGCAGCUCCACACAACAUCUACAACAAGAUUGCCCUACGAAAGCACAGGCACGUGCGCCUGUGGGGGGAGAUGGAGGUCAAGAUGGUGGACAAGAUGUUGGAGGUGGAAAAGAAAAGAAAGAUGCCAAAGGGAAAGGAGAACACAAGGGUAGCAAAGGCAAAGGAGAAGGCAAGGUGGGGGUCAAAGAGAACACCCAGUCAGAAAUCAAAAAAGAUGGAAACAAGACCCCUGGCAAUGCCAAUGAGGAGAACAAGGGUGUUGGAGGUGGUACGAAAAAUGCGGGUGCAUCAGGCACAACUGCUACAAGCGAGAAACCGGAAGGAGCUGGAGGUGGAAAAUCAGAAGAGCUGCUCCUGAAGUCGUUGCACCUACCCAGCGUGAAAUCCAUCAGCCUUCAAGAAGUUGGUGAUGUCACUCAGAACCAGGAAGGAAAAAUGUCGUUGGACAGUGGUCCAGUGGAGGUCGUGAAUGGUUGUCCGUUGAUCGACUGCAAGCUGGGCAUGAACCUGAUCAGUGAGCUGGAGCAUGAGAGCGGUGUGUCUUUGGCUAGAGCAGCAAUGGUCAGAGGGAUCUUGCAACAGCCGGAGUUGGUGACGAAGUUCCCCAAUUUGGACCCGACUGUACUUCUUAUGGUUCUGCUGAAACGAGAAUAUCCAGAUCUUCCUGACAGCAUCUGCCGCAAGAUUGCUCCAUCAACUCAAGAAGUUCAAGGAGAUCAGCUGCCGUGGAAUAGAAGGCAAAGGCGUCAAAUCCUGAGAGCUCGGCGAGUGGUGGUUCAUCUCUACAGUGGUCUGGACCAAAAGACAUGGAAGAAAUUAGAGGACGCUCACACUGUGGUCAUCUGUGCUGACAAGUUGAUCAACCCCAAGAUGGACAUGAUGAAUGACCAAGUGAUGCUCUUCUUGAUGAAAUUAAGCUAUGAAGGUCCCAAACCUGUGAGAAGCGAAGCUGAACCAUAUGGUCUUUCAACCUUGUCUCCUGCGCAAUUGGAAAAAGUCGAAGAAGAUGUCACGUUGCUCUUCCGCAUGAUGUUGGUGUACUCCAUUGCAGAGCACUACAAGGACAAAGAGGGCUGUCGCCAGCUUGGGGCACCGGGCAAUGCGGAGGAGGCAAACUGGGACUGUGAGACUGAUGGCACGAGAGCCCAACGGGGACAGCCGCAAUUGUGUCAUGCAGCACCACCAGAGGAUGCUCCGCUACCAUCCCUAGAUGAGGUGAUCGAAGAGGAUGGAGUGAAUGAUGAUGUAGAAGAUGUUGAAUUUCCUCGCUUUGAGGAGGGUGAUGAGGUAGGUCAUAAUACAGUGGAUGAGGACGCAAUGAAUGCAGCACAAGCGUCUUACAACAGCUGGAUGAAGUUGGUGGAGGAAUGCAAACAGGUGAAAGUCAAAACUCUCACGUUCUCAGAGGUUAUCCACUCACGAAAGACUGCUGAUGUCAUGGAAGGCAUAGCAAAAAUUUACGGCCGAGUGCGAAGCCUUGGACUUCAGGUGCUGCGACUACAUGCAGACCGGGCACGAGAGUUUACAUCCCGGGCAGUUCAACGUUGGUGCCAUCACAGAGAUAAAGUGGCAACAUACACAUGUGGAAGCGAUUGGAAGAGCAACGGACGAGCCGAGUGUGAAAUCGGCUUGAUCAAACGGCAUGCCAAGAUCUUGAUGAAGGCCCACAACAUCAACGAGGAGAUGUGGCCGAUGUUGGUUCGUCAUGCCUCUGAGCGUCGUCUACGAUGGCAACUGCAACAAGUGGGCCAUCCAGUUCCAGAGCUUCUUCCAUUUCACACCAAAGUCUAUGUGAAGCGCUGUAACAGUUCAGCCCUUCUGGUGACGAACUUCUCUGGGUGA